AUUGGACGCUGGAGAUAGCGCUUCAGAGUAUACGUGCAAAUAUCCAUGUUCAACACAUGCGUAAGAAAAGAGGUUGCGGAAUGAGUCAACUUUUGGGAGUGGUGUCUAUCACAGAAUAUUUAAGAAUUAUUGGUGACACUCUGCUUGAAUUACUAUGCAAAGACGUGAAAAAAAGAAAAAGGAAGACCAGCAAACCACUAAAAGAUUUUCAGAUUGCAGCUAAUAAUGAUAUUGAAAUCCGAAAGUUUGCUGAAUACAUCAGUAGUUAUAAAAUAAAUAACGAAAUGAAUGAUUUCUGGAUGUGUCCUAAUGAAAGACAACCGAAAAGAUUUGGCAAAAAACUUCAGAACGCAGGAAGCGCAACAGAAUCAUG